AUGAGAAGAAGUGGAGGCACGGGGAGGUACGAGGAGACGGCCGCGGCGGAAGGAACGGCAGAUGACGGAGAGCGGUACAAGGCGUGCGACUGCGCGCGCUGGCCGGUCGCGCUGGCGCGUGCCCUGUCUCUGGACGGCGCCGUCAUGCGUCGGCGACUUCCUGGAGACGAGCGGAGGUGUCGGUGGGGAGCGAGACGAGUGGACGUGGGAGAGUGCCAUCGCCGUGCAUGCAGAACGCUUCCCCGUCGCCCAGUCGCGGCCCACGUCAGAUGGGCGCGACGGUGUGUGGCGGCGUGGGAGAGCUGGAAAGCGCUCGACUGCGCGGGGAGCGUGGGUUCGAGUGAGCGGCGCGCACUGAAGGAAGUGUCACGCCCUUCGCGCGUUACUUGCACUGCCCCGUUCCCACUCCUGCUACUACCAGCGCUUCUGGCGCUGCUGUCUCUGACGCCCGCGCUCGCAGCCCCGCUUGACGGCGUGCGGACGGGCAUGCUUGAGCAAACGGAAGCGGGGUGGAGCACGCGGUCCCAUUGGGAGAGGUGGCGGCACGUUCAACUUGAAGGAGGGGCGGUGGCGCAUGCUGCGGGAGAGCGCAGGCGUGUGUACGUGCUGCCCGCGGAGUCCAACACACCCCGACCACACGCCGCGGCGCCGUACCGUCAGCUCGUGACAGCGGCUCCCCCAGCCCUUGCGCCCGCAGCCCCCCCGGUCUACGGCAGCGCCGCAGCCCCCAGUACCGGCGGCAGGGGUGCGGCCGGGGGUGAAGCCUCAGGGGCAGCAGUGGCGGCGGCGAUUCCGGACGACAGGGCGAGCGUGCUGCCGUGCCCCAUGGUCACCAGCACCACGCAGGAGGGAACCGACGAUAACAGCGCGGGCGGUGGCGGUGGCGGUGGCGGUGGCGGUGGCGGUGGCGGUGGCGGUGGCGGUGGCGGGCUUGGCGGCGUGUUGAGUCUGCUGAGAGUGGUGCAGGCGGGCGAUGGCGGAGCGGACGAGGGGGACGAGGCGGCAGGGCAGCGCGGCAGCCUAUGGCGGGUGGACCCCAUGGACGGGUUCAGGCGGUACGGAGGGCCGUACAACGUCACCAACGUGCACUACUGGGCGUCCGCAGCGUUCACUGGGUGGUGGGCGGCAGCAGUUGGCGUUAUCCUGUGCCUGCUCGGGAUUGUGCUGCUCGUUCUCGUGCUCUGCCUCCGCCGCCCACUGGGCUGCUACCAAGUGCCAACCCUAAGGAAGGGUGCAAGGGCACGUGUAGCAGCGGCAGCAUCAGCAGAUGGACGGGAGGGCCCUGUGGGGGCAGAGAGGUUUCCAGAAAGAGGAGUGGAAAGGGGGCAAUUGACUGGAGGGUGGGCUAGCAGAGGCGAGCGCUCAGCGGUGGCAUCUGCUGCAGCUGGUGGGGCACGCACCGCGGAGGCGAGGGCUGGGGGGCUGGAGGCAUGCGUGCAGGGACACAAACCCAUGUCACCUGCCUCGGGUCCUCAGUGGGCCCAUGUUGACAUGUGCACUCCCCCCACCGCAGCAUCGCCCGUGGCAACACGGGUGAGUGCACCAGACAUGGGCGGCAGUCUCGCCAUCACCAGAUCCGCCUCCUCCUCGCUCUCCUCCUUCUCCUCCUUCUCCUCCCCUCGCACCUCCUCCGCUUCCUCAGCCACCCGCCCCUCCGUCUCCUCCUCCGUCUCCUCCUCCUCAUCUGCUUCUUCCUCUGCGCCUUUCCUGUCUCUAUCCACUGCUGCUUCUGCUCCAAUCGGCCUUCGCCACGUGGCAUCUGAGCUGUCAGUCCCGUGGGAAGGGGAGGAGUGUCAGGCAUGGGGGCACGAGGAGAAGCAGACUUGUCAACGGGGGCCGGAGGAGGGGGUUAGCAAUACGAGCGGCAGCGGCAUUGUGGCAAUGGCACGAGGGGUAACAGGGGCAAGUCAAGGAGAAGGAGGGGUGGUUGCAGAGGGAAGCGAGAAGAGGGGAUGGGGGCGAGCGGUGCGAGUGGGGUGGCAGGUGGUGCGGUGGGUGCUGCUGGCUGCCAGCCUGCUGUUGGCCAUUGCGGCGGUGGGAGUGUCGCUGUACGCGUGUGCAUCGUUCCGCCCCAUAGCGCAGCACACGAGGGACACGGUCACCACCAGCAUCGCUGCCGCCAUCACCAAGCUGGACUACAUGUCGGACACGCUGACAGCAGCCUACGCGGUCUUCAACCGCACGCUCUCCGACCCCUCGCUGCUGCUGCCCGCUCAGCCACCACCAGCGCAGGUGCAGGCACAGCAGAAACAGGAGCAGCAGGGCUGGGCGUGGGCAUCACCCGAGAGUGGCAGCGGUGGUUCCGGGAGCAGCGUGCAGGGAGGCAACGCAGGCGGUGCAGGCAGCAGCGGCAGCAGCAGCAGCAGCAGCAGCAGCAGCAGCAGCAGAGGAAGUGGUGUGAUGAGCAGCAGCAAUGGUCCGUGUGGUAGCAGUAGCGGUGGCAAUGGCACAGCAGGGGGGUCGCAGCAAGGCUGGGGGAACACAGUGGGGCGAGUGGGGGCCGAGGGCAGCGGGAACGGCAGCGGGAACGGCAGCAUGGAUGCGGCGUCGAUCCUGGUGUUUGCUCGGCGCGCUCUGGUGUCCGUGCACACACUGCAGCGCCAGGCGCACGAGCUGGAGGGCACGGUGGACCGCGUGGCACACAGCGCCCUCUCCAUCACCAACACCACUCUCAUAUCGCUCAUGGUUGCUUCCUGCCUCCUGCUGCUGCUCUCCGUUAUCUCCGCUCUUGUGUCGUGCAGUGGCAGGCGGCAGUACCUGGCGGUGCACCUCCUGAGCAUGGGCGUGCUGCUCGCGCUGCUGCUGUGCGCGUGGCUCCUCGCGGCCGUCUUCUCCUCUGCGCGCCUCAUGCUGCGCGACUCCUGCGCCGAGAUGGCUCUCUACGCCGCCACCCCCGCCGCCUCCACCCUCGCGCCGCUGCUGCCCUGCAUCAACCCGCGCGCGGCGCGCAUCGCGCGGGUCAACGCGGCGCGCGGCGCGAACCAGCUGGUGGGAUUCGCGAACGCGCAGAUCGAGAGCGGCAACGCGGCGCUGGGGGGGCUCUCGCGCAUGCUGCGCUCCGCCGGGCUCUUGGAGUCCAGCGCUCCGAGGGGAAGCGAUGCCAGUGGCGCGGGUGGUGGCGGAACGGCUGUGGCGAGCAGUGCGGUGGACGGGGCAGGAGGGGCUGCGCGCGCAGGGGUGCUGAGAGGGCGAGGGUCGAGCAUGGGAAUGGUUAGCAGCAGCAGCGUUGCGGAGGCGGGUUCAGGAGGAGGGAAUAGUGGAGCUGCUGUGCCUGACGCAGUGGCACGCACAGAGCAGAGCAGCACCGCCUUGAGCCCUGGCAGCAGCAGCAGCAGCAGCAACAGCAGCAGUGGCGGGGAUCGUGUGAUUCCACUGCUGUGCCCGGUGUUCAACGAGAGCAGCAACCUCGCUCCCGCUGUGUGCCCUGCCGGAUACGGUUCCGUACGCUCCUUUGAACAGGACUACGCGGCAUACCACUGUGAGUCGGAGAACCCUGUAAUCUGUGUGCGGCGAGGCACGCCCAUCCCCAACUCCUCAUACCACCUGCUUGCCAGUGCUGCUGCUGCCACCGCCAGCGUGGCAGACCUGGUGCCCGACAUGUACGACCUGGCCACGUGUCAAUUCCUCGUUGACCUCUUCCAGGACCUCUCCUCCAGCCCGCAGGGCUGCUAUGGAGCCAAGAGCAAGGUGCAAUUGGAGUGGGUGGCGUUUAUUCUGGCCAAGGGAACACGGCGGCGACAGCAGUGCUCGCUCACACUCUCCCCCCUCGAGUCGAGGAGGCCGCACCGCUCGACUCCAGCAGCUAUUUUGCUGGGGAAGUCGCUCAUGUGGAGAAAUAAAUUCACAGGAGGCGGCAUGGUUCCGGUGGCGCCAGGCUCGCGCCAGUUCAACGGGCGAGUGACGGCGUACGUCAUCCUCUCCAGCCUCGUGGCAGCGAGCGGCGGGCUGCUAUUCGGCUAUGACAUCGGCAUCACAGGCGGAGUGACAAACAUGGAUGGCUUCCUGGAGGCCUUUUUCCCCGCGGUGCUCACCAAGAAGCUGUCGGUGCACGAGAACUCGUGGUGCAAGUUCGACUCGCAGCUGCUGCAGCUCUUCACGUCCUCUCUCUUCAUCGCCGGCAUCUUCGGUGGGCUCAUCGCGUCCGUCACCACGUCGCGCUUCGGCAGGGUGCGCACGAUGCUGGUGGGCGGCAUCUUCUUCCUCCUCGGUGCCGCGCUCACGGGAUCAGCCGUCAACAUCGAGAUGCUCGUGCUCGGUCGAGUGCUGCUCGGGCUCGGCGUCGGCUCCGCCAACCAGGCCGUACCUCUGUAUCUCUCGGAAAUGGCGCCGGCGCAGCUGCGCGGCGCGCUGAACAUGAUGUUUCAGAUGGCGACAACGCUGGGCAUCGUGGGCGGGCAGCUCAUCAACUACGGCACGGCGCACCUCCACCCCUGGGGCUGGCGCCUCUCGCUCGCGCUCGCCGCCGUACCUGCCGCCGUGCUGACGGCGGGCGGCUUGUUCCUCCCGGACACGCCCAACAGCCUCGUGGAGCGCGGCCAUGCAACCCGCGGCCGCCAAGUGCUGCAGCGGAUUCGUGGCGUUGAAGUGGACGUGCAGGUGAGUGCCAGAGUCCACCGAAUAUCUUCUAGGAUGCUCAGAUCCGCUGGCCGCACGGAAUAUCUAACGAUAGCUUUGCGCGCGCAGGAGGAGUUCGACGAGAUUCAACGCGCGUGCCACGCCUCGAAGACGGUCAAGGCCCCAUUCUUCGCCAUCUUCCGCCGGAAAUACCGACCCGAGCUUACGUGGGCGAUCUUGAUCCCGGUGUUCCAGCAGUUGACGGGCAUCAACGCCAUCAUGUUCUACGUCACGCCGCUCUUCCAGUCGCUCGGCUUCGGCGACAGCGCGUCGCUGCUCACCACCGUCAUCACGGGCGCCGUCAACGUCGUGGCCACGCUCGUCUCCAUCCUCACCGUCGACCGCUUCGGCCGCAAGUCGCUCUUCCUCGUCGGCGGCGUGCAGAUGGUCCUCGCGCAGGUAGCGAUCGGCGUGUUGCUGGGCACGACGUACGCGAGCGGGACGGGCAGCCUGUCGAGCGGGUACGCGACGGCCGUGGUGGUGGUGAUCUGCGUGUACGUGGCGGGCUUCGCGUGGUCGUGGGGGCCGCUGGGGUGGCUGGUGCCGUCGGAGAUCCAGCCGCUGGAGACGCGGUCGGCGGGGCAGAGCAUCACGGUGGCCGUCAACUUCAUCUUCACCUUCGCCGUCGGCCAGGCCUUCCUCUCCAUGCUCUGCCACUUCAAGUUUGGGAUCUUCCUCUUCUUCGCGGCGUGGGUGGUGGUGAUGACAAUCUGCGUGAUGCUCUUCCUGCCCGAGACCAAGGGCGUACCCAUCGAGGAGAUGGCGGGCGUGUGGCAGCGCCACUGGUUCUGGAAGCGGGUGGUGCCUGCUGCCGAGUCGGAAGGGGCAGCUAUCAAGGCAGAAAAAGGAGACAAGAAUCAGUCUGUCAGUGCAAGCAGCAAUGGCGCCAUGGAGGAGAAGGCACUUGUCUCGGGUGUCUGA